GCGUCCAGCUAAGCAGAUGCAGCCAGUGAGCUCGCGGUGCGGGGACAGUGGGGAAGCACAAUCCGCGUGCAGCCAGCGCGAGGCAAAGACCUACCAACAAGCAGUGAACUAUGACUGAACACAAAACGAGCACGAGAGAUGACUGACCAUGCAGCAGUUUGGAACAAAUGACACAAGAUUACACAGGCGGAAGAUGCCAGCAGCCGCAGAUCAAUUCGAUUACAUUUGAGCAGUGAAAGAUGCUGUGGACAGGUUUACCUCCAAUGGAUUCUUAAAGCCGCUUCAAGACAAUUAACAGCAACGAUUUUACUGAAGGGAUCUCUUGCUGGAAGUCAGAGAGCGGGGGCCAGGAUGUGGCCCCCUGACCUCGGACCUCCAGACGCCCAGAUGACUCUCCCCGGUUUUGGGAGUGUGUUCGAAGAUGUCGAGGACCUUCAGGCGCCGCUGUCUUCUGGUGGCUUCUGUCAGUCGUCGAUACAUUCAGGUGGCCUGUGCUGUCUACCGAGGACGUCCCUGUCCCUGUCCUCCCUGGGGCGAGACCUCACCUCCUUACUCAACUGUAAGACUAAUGGAUCCCACAUAGAAAAGACUAUGGAGGACUUUGCCACUACAGCACACGUAGACCCUAAAAUCACCCAGAGGUUCGGUUGUUACCCUCAGCCCUCCCUCCCUUUAUCCUACAUGCUCACCAGCUGUACCACAUCUCCUUCUUUCUGCUCCCCCUCAUCAUCGGCGUCCUCCACCUCCUCCUCAGCAUCUUUAUUUUUUGCCUCUUCUUUACCUCUCUCUGAAGCCAGCGACAAAACAUCUCAGCAACAACGAAAGCUUCAAGAAGAGUAUCACACCAUCAAACAGGAGCCUGCAGAUGAUUUCUUGCCGUGUAAGAGGGAACCUUUCCCAGUGAACAACCAGCAGGGGGAGCUGUUCCAUGUUGGCCAGCCCCUCCAAUGCCACGACGGUCAGGACGGCACGCAGACCCCCCUGCACUCCCCGAGGCUAAACGGACCCGUAGGACAGGAGCCUGUAAUGGACCAACAGGAGCAGCUGUGUCAUUGGAUCGACUGCAGUGCCACCUACAGCAGCCAGGAGGAGCUGGUGAGACACAUCGAGAAGGUGCACAUCGACCAGCGUAAAGGGGAGGAGUUUGCAUGUUUCUGGGCCGGCUGUGUGCGGCGCCACAAACCCUUCAACGCUCGCUACAAGCUGCUCAUCCACAUGAGGGUUCAUUCUGGAGAGAAACCCAAUAAAUGCAUGUUUGAGGGCUGCUCCAAGGCGUUCUCCCGUCUGGAGAACCUGAAGAUCCACCUGAGGAGCCACACCGGAGAGAAACCGUACAUCUGCCAGCACCCCGGCUGCCUCAAGGCCUUCAGCAACUCCAGUGAUCGAGCCAAACACCAGCGCACACACCUGGACACGAAGCCGUACGCCUGUCAGAUCCCGGGCUGCACCAAGCGCUACACCGACCCCAGCUCGUUACGGAAGCACGUCAAGGCUCAUUCAGCCAAAGGCCUCCAGGAGAGAGAGGUCAAGGUUCAAGUGCACACGAUGCUGGAGUCGGACAUUUUGAGCGAUUGUCUGGCGAGGCAGCACCUCCACAGCUCCGCCCCUUCUCACCAAGGAAACGGCUCACCUUUACCGGGCUUAGAUGACUUCACAGGUGUGUAUUCAAACAGCAGCACCGUCCACAACAGGGGGACACAACAGGACUUCCUCCCUCCAUCAGCAGACACCUGCUCCAGGUAUCAAGGCUUAGAGGGAAACUUUGACGCCAACAGCCCGAUAUCUUCGCUCACGAGCCCGGGCAGCAUGAGAGAGGGGAACAGACCGACAUCGUUGUUCAUGGCCGCUGACGUCAGCCCAGUGAGCUCUUCAUCAGACAGAGCUGACGUCCGGCUGCAGGGCUACCAGAAAACCUACAGCCACCAACAGCAAGUUUUCCCACAGCAGCAAGGCUGUCUGUACGGAGAAGGAAAGGUGGUUCAACCAGUCAACGAUGGAGGCUUUGAACCCGCCAGUUACUUCUCAAACCCCUCCACCUCUCACUCCGCAGGGUUUGACUUGUUGCAGGACCUGCAGGGCCAGGCAGGGGGCGGUUACUCCAUGUCUCCCUGCCCAGACGACAGCUUCCUCUUCCAGGCAGGAGGCGUCGACCGCUGCCUCAAUCAGAUCUACUCCAUCUACCUGGACUCAUGAUGACAGCCCUGAACCAGACACAAAAUCACAAUCACUUUGUUUUCCCAAGGACAACCUGCAGCGUGAACGAUGCGUGGCGGACAAUCACAUCCACAUUAUGCUGUAUUUUCAAAUCUGAAGUUGUUCUUGUUCUGGACAGAUGUGAGUUUUAACGGUACAAACAGAAGUGCAAAAUUAUCCAGAGACAGAGCUGAGGGCAAAGUGGCAAAAAUAUGGCAAAUGGCCAAAGAGGAAAUCUGGUCAAAUUAUAGAUGUAAAUAGCAGUGACUUUUUUAUUCAGAGAUGACCACAGCAUGUGAUCUGGAUAGAAUGAGCUAUACGCUUCAUUUGUUAGUUUGAUCUUUUGGAAAGUCAGGUAGCUGGCUCUCUGGCUCCGCCACUGAUGUUAGACUUCGGCCUCCUCAGCAGCUUUGCCACCCGGAAAUGUUAAAACAACAAUCUCUGAGUGAUCAGAAUGGGAUCUUAUAAUGCCGUGGUUCCCAGCUGGGGGUCAAUAAAUAAAAGGCCAAAAAAUAAAAAAACAUAGUUCGACAUUGUUCUGCUUCACAAAUCUUGCUCAUUUUUCUGUCUUUUCUGUGCUUUUUGCUUUAUUUUUUUAAUAUAUUGAAGAAAAUUUUAAGUUUUAUUUUCUUUUUUUGGGUCAUAACACAAUUCAGAUGAAAAGAGUAACACUUUCAGUUCAACUGCUCACAACUCUGCACUGUGUGCAAGGUCACAAGAAGCUUUAUUUUGAAUGUCACCAGCCAAAAAGGUUGGGAGCCAUUAUGUUGUAAUGGAAGACAAGUUGCAUUAAGCAGUUAAAGCCCUUAAUGGAGUAGAUUUUGGGAAAUAUGCUUAUUCGCUUUAUUGAGAGUUAGAUGAGAAGAUUGAUCCCACUCUCAACACUAUAUGAUAAAUAUGAAGCUACAGCCAGCAACAGGUUAGCUCAGCAAAAAGACUGGAAAACAGGGGGCACAGCUAGCCUGGCCCUGUCCAGAGCUAACAAAGUUGAAAAGUUUGAUAUUUAACAGGGGGUUUAUGUGAUGGAUUUGUCAGGUAUAGGGAGAUGUUACAGUCUCAAUUGCCAUAUUUCCAAAGAUGUUGACCUGUUGACUGCAGGAGAGUGGAGUGUGCAGUAAACUGUUGCAGUGCUGCCCCCAAGUGUCUGAAGUGUAAACUGCAUUUAUAAUAUAUAUACAGCCUGUGGAACAGAGGUCAGGUCAGUGUGGAUGACUCCUGGAAAACUGACCAACAAAACAAAAAUCGGCACUAAAGUGUGUCAACAGUUCCUCUGUCAUGGGCUGAGAGGGGCAAACAAAUACAUCUUAAUAUGUGUAAUCUUACAACAAUCAAAAACAGAUGCAUAAUCAAUCUCCUUUUUUUAUAUCGUCUCUUUGUUGCUUCAGCACAGUGCCUUUAUGUGUUUGUUGUACAAUUUCUAUCAGUGUUAUAUCCAUUGAGCGAGGUGUGCAUUGUUUACAGUAAGUUCUCUGCACUCUUUGUGUCUGUCUCAUCACAGAGACUUUAAGAAAAUGACCAACCAGAAAGUGUUUACACUGAUUUUGUAGCAAAUCAGAGAUUUCUUAUUAUUGUCAUUGAACAGUGUAUAGACUGUAUAAAAAUGCACCUGUCUUUUUUUUAUCUGAAAAUAAAAACUUUGUUUGUA